GUGAUCUCCCUCUUUCUUUCUUGACCAAUGAGAGAGAGGAAAAGGGGCGGGCUCUCACAGAUGACAGCCAAUCCCGUGUCACGUUUGUAAUACGACGUCACUUAGCAUCAGUCGCAUCCGGGUGAGCUCUUUGAGGUCUGCUCAGGUUUUUACUUUUUGAAGCUUGGCUCUCGGUCUCCAGGAUGUACGGAUCGUUUAGGUUGCUGCUGCAGGUGCUCCUGGCCCAGCUGCUGUGUGUGUGGGUGCUGGGCUCAGAGCUCACCUUUGAGCUGCCUGACAACGCCAAGCAGUGCUUCUACGAGGACAUCAUCAUCGGUACCAAGUGUACACUGGAGUUUCAGGUGGUGACCGGUGGCCAUUAUGAUGUGGACUGUCGUUUGGAAGACCCAGAAGGCACUACACUCUACAAGGAGAUGAAGAAGCAAUAUGACAGCUUUACCUUCACAGCAGCCAAGAAUGGCACCUUCAAGUUCUGCUUCAGUAACGAGUUCUCCACCUUUACACACAAGACGGUUUACUUUGACUUCCAGGUUGGCGAUGACCCUCCACUCUUCCCCAACGAAAACAGAGUCACUGCUCUCACUCAGAUGGAAUCAGCUUGCGUGUCCAUCCAUGAAGCCCUGAAGUCGGUCAUCGACUACCAGACUCACUUCCGCCUCCGUGAGGCCCAGGGACGCAGUCGGGCGGAGGACCUCAACACCCGUGUUGCAUUCUGGUCCAUCGGAGAGGCCAUUAUCCUUCUGGUGGUCAGCAUCAGUCAGGUGGUACUGCUGAGAAGCUUCUUCUCUGACAAGAAGACCACUACAACGCGCGUCGGAUCGUAACAGUCUCUGAGCCCCGGGAUCUGAUUCACCACUUUCUUUAUCCGUACCUGGACUUGUGUGCAUAGAGCGGGUUAGAAUAUCAGUGCCGAUCUGAAAUUGGAUCAUAUCAAACUGCCAGGUCGUACAAUCUGACACGUCAUCUUCAUUCAGCGCUGGUAUUCUUACAAACUUUAUGCAAACGAGUCUUGAACUAAAAGGUUCUGUAUGUUUAAAAUGUUUUUGAGGGGUAAACGAGAAAAACCUGAAGAAAGGCUUUCUUGUGUUGCUUGUAACUAUCUGUAUUGGAGGCAAUUCAAGGUCACAUAGUUACAGGAAACCUUAAAUACUUUAAAUAUUUGAAAUUAUUUCUAAAUGUGUUCUUAUUUUAUUUGUGUUCUUUUCUACCCCCGUCAUCUCAAACACGCUCUCCCUGAUCUGAUCUAUUUUUCAGCCCAAACUGUGCACUGAAAUAACCAAGAGCGGAAUUUGUGACUAAAUGUACUCAUAAUGUAAGGUGCAUUGGGCCUCUUAAAUAACACUGGCAAGGCAAAGAGUGUUUCCCCACAAAGGUUGCAUUUGGUUAAUAAAAUUUGUUUCUUUUUUUUUUCCUUUAUUAAACCUCACUGUAUUAAGUGAGAAAAAGUAGAUAUUGUGUUGUGCUUUUAUCGGCUUUGUCAUUUUAGAUGAGUUAUUAAGAGUAUGCUGUAUAAAGAGUAAGCCUUCAUUUAAUCUAAUACUGGCUUGAAAUAAUUUGUAUCUGGGUUGUAUGAUUGAAUUUAGAGAUACAGAUGGUCCCCUCUAAGUGACUGCAGACCCAAUCCCUUAAAAAAAUGUUUUUGCAUUUUGGUUUCCAUUUGCUCGGUUUGCUUGCUUCAUUUUGACCACACCUAGAUGAAUUAUCGCCUGAAAAUGUUAUAAUUAUCUAUGUGACUCGGUGUCAAAGGCAAAAAAGUUAAAACAAAUACUAUUCGUUUGUUUGAAAAUGACACAUUUUAUGUGUCAAGUGGCAAUGCCAGUUUUUAAGUGCACCAACUUGUUAUAAAAAAAAAAAACGAUGUCUUUCACUGGUUCCCUUGCAAUGUUAGUUUUGUCUUUGCUGUUUAAAGUGUAACAACGUAUUUAUCCUGUGGGCUGAUAUUGCUCUCUUGGUUUUAUACAGCAUUGUUGUAAAAUUCAUGUUGUUUUGCAAAACAUUGCUUGAAUAUAAGUUAAUUCCAGUAACUUUGAGUUGUAGUUGUAAUUUGAAAUUUUAUUCCCUGACUGCCUAUUCAAUUCAUUUUCUAAAGGAACAGGAAGGAAGAUUUAGACAGCUUAAAUCCAUCGUGUCUCUAUAUAAUAUGACUGCAUAUAGUAGUUGCGGGCUUAGUUCACCCUGGUAGUGUUGCUUCAGCCAGGAAUCAUGUAAAAGUCAGUGGGGUAAAUCUUUCUCUCACUAUUCAUGGAUUUGUAAAUAAAAUCUGACCUAUAAUUUUGCUCUUAGACAGGCUUUGAGGCUGAAACAUGAAUUACCUGAGUGGUAAAUAUAAUUUUUAUAUUCAUGACAAAGACAGACUUUUACACCUAACCCACUGAAAGAAACCAAAAAACUCAAUGCUUUUUAUAGUUUGUUUUUGUUUAACUCUCAGUACUGAUUUUAGAGACAUGGAAAACAACCAUAAUAUUUUAUUUUAUUCAUUAAUUAGUUUUGGUUUGGCUUUGCUUCCUUUGGUAUGCUUUUCCCCUCUCACCAUAAUGUUCAUUGUCAGUUUUUGUUGCUGGUGCAGGGUCGGCAGUUCAGUUUUAGGAUAAUGCACUGACGGGUGAUUUUUGGACACAAAUUCAGCUCUGAGGCAUUGUUGGAACUUUUUAAGUUAUUGGGAUGGCUGAAUAAACUUUCUGUUAAAAU